CAACAAAUCAACUCAGGAUUCCGGACCUAGCUGCAACAUGCCUGCGGCAGUUCCGGUCUGGUUCAUCUUCCUGGCCGCUCUCGGCGCGCUGUACUUAUCGGCCGCCUGCAUCCCCCUCCUCGCUCACCUCGCCCUCUGCCUCCGUCGUCCCAUCGACCUCCGCCGCCGCUACGGCACAUGGGCGGUGAUCACCGGCCCAACCACGGGGCUCGGGAAAGCCACGGCCAUGGAGCUCGCGAGCCGGGGCAUCAGCCUCGUCCUCCUUGACCUCGACGCCGCCAACUUACAAUCCGUCUCCGAAAGCAUCGCCCGAACUCACCCCAGCAUCCAGACCAAGACCGUGGUGUUCGACCUCUCACUCGUGGGCACGGCCGCCGGCGACCAGUCGAUGCGGGAGCUCAGGGAGGCCGUGGAGGGGCUGGACGUCGGCGUACUGGUCAACAACGCCGCCGUGGCGACCCGGGAGCGCUGUACGUGCACGAGGCGGACAUGGAGCGGCUGGCGAGGAUGAUACGGGUGAACGUGACGGGGCUCACGGAGGUGACCGCCGCCGUGCUUCCCGGGAUGCUGC